AUGCAUUACAGCAAAUCACAAGACUUGUUUAUAGAGCAUGAGCGUUCCUUUGGUGUGAUUUGUGAUGCGGGGUCAACUGGUACGCGGUUAUUUGUUUAUAGUUGGAUUAGCAUAUCAGAUACUGAAUUGAUUCGAAUUGAGCCGGUAACAUAUGAAAACAAGCCAGUUAUGAAGAAAAUUUCACCUGGAUUGAGUACAUUUGGGACAAAACCAGAAGAAGCAACUGAAUAUAUUCGACCUCUCAUGGAACUUGCAGAGAAACAUAUUCCUGAGGAUAAAAUUCCUUUUACACCGGUUUUCAUUUUUGCUACAGCUGGAAUGCGACUUCUUCCAGAAGAGCAAAAGAAAGCUGUUUUAACAAACUUGCAAAACAAACUUCCAUCAAUAACAAGAAUGCAGGUUAUGAAGGAACAUAUUCGUAUAAUUGAAGGAAAAUGGGAAGGGAUUUAUAGUUGGAUUGCGGUAAAUUACGCACUAGGAAAAUUUGAGAGAAAAGUACUCAACGGAGUCGAUUUUCCGGGUACCCAAUCGGCUGCGACGAGGCAAAAAACGGUUGGCAUGAUAGAUAUGGGUGGAGCAAGCAUGCAAAUUGCAUUUGAAUUACCAAGAAAUGAUGAUUUUUUGACAACAAAUGUUGAAAAUAUAAACUUGGGAUGUAGAGAAGAUGAUCCAACAUUCAAGUAUAAAUUAUUCGUCACUACUUUCCUUGGAUUUGGUGUCAACGAAGGAAUCAAGAAAUAUGAGAAAACUCUUGAGGAGAAACUGAAUGAACAAAAUGGAACUGUAAUUCAAGAUGAUUGUCUUCCUCUCAAUUUGCAUAAAACUGUGAAGUUUGAAAGCGGAAAUACUUUGAUUCGAAGGGGAACUGGUAACUGGGAAUCAUGUUCGAAUAUUAUUUCACGUUUGCUGAAACCAAAGGAGAAAUCUGGAAUGUGUAGUAUCUCAGAAAAGACUAAAUGUUUUUUGGGCUCAGUGCUUGCUCCAAAUGUCAAGCUAUCCGAUAUGGAACUUUACGGAUUUUCGGAAUAUUGGUAUUCCACUCAUGACGUCCUCGGUCUUGGCGGUUCUUAUAACCAUAGUGUUGUAGCUCAUAAAAGUAAACAGUUCUGCAAACAGAGAUGGUCAACUAUCCAGGCAGCUGCUAAAAAAAUGCUUUAUCCAAGAGCCGACGAUGAUCGUCUCCGAACUCAAUGCUUCAAAUCCGCUUGGGUUUCAACAGUUUUGCAUGAAGGAUUCUCUGUAGACAAAUCAAACAACAAAUUUCAAAGCGUGUCUACAAUUGCCGGACAAGAAGUGCAGUGGGCUCUUGGAGCAAUGAUUUACCAUAUGAGAUUCUUUCCUCUUCGGGAUAGUUUGAGAAAUUUGGUUGUCAAGAAAACGAGCUCAGUGUCGGACUCCCUUUGGGCCCCACUCAUUUUUAUAAUGGCCCUUUUCUUGUUAUUCGUGUUGAUUUGUGCUAAAGAGCAACAAGUGUUAUGUUUUAGCGACACACGUCGAGGAUUGUCACGAAAUUCCUAUUCCUAUAGAUUAUUAAAAGAAAAUAGAAUGUCAUCCACGGCAUUUUUGGAGAGCCUCGCCUAA